AUGAUAAGCACAAAUCUUCGCUGUCCCUCCCCUGUGCCCGGAGACCCGGAUAUUCGCCCCGCUCCUCAGCCUGUUCCAGCCCCGGUGUGUCACGGUACACCGCUGAAGUGUCCGGAUCUUGACCUGUCGAUCACCCUCACGCCGGAACAUACCGUUAAUAGGGGUCGAAGGCAGAAGCUUCCAGGCAAACAGGUGCGUUUUGAUGUGAGCCCUAAGUCCAGGAUUGUUGCCAGCAGCCCCCGCAAAGCAUAUGCAAUGGACCAAACUGUGGUUGUUUCAGUGACAGCAGAACCUAAUAGCAACCAGAAAUCAGCGGAAUUGCGGAAAUGUCAAUACAGUGAUAAAGCAAGGGAAGACAAGGGAAAGCUGAUCCAAGGCCAAAGGACCCUAUCUGAACAGAGUGAUUCCAGUGAUGGACAGGUCCUGGAGGGGGCAGAAUUGAACACAACCCUAGCUUUGAAAGCAGAACUAAAAGAAUUGGAAGAGGCAGAGUUUGACUCCAAAAAAGCUGUGAAGGAAAAAAUGAAGACAUCAGCACUCGCAAAGAAUCACAUCACUGCCAAGGCCACAGAAGGACUGAACUUCCCUCGCUCUCAGCAUCUCUACAGGGCGCUCGUCAGUGUCACCCUAUCACAUGACCAGCUUGUCAGUCAGGCCCUUCGUGAUAGGCCAGCACUGACUCCACCCACACGUGGCCAUGGCAGUAAGGUCACAGAGGCUCCUGACCUACUGGCAUUCUACAGUCCGGCAGAGCUGUUCCGAGAGAUUCCACUGUUGCCAGGUGACCAGCUUCCUCUACCCCGACCACAGCUUGUACCUCGACCCACCCACACAACCUUUGACCUGUACCAUCGACAUAGACAGUGGGAAGCGUGA